ACUUGCGCACCACGGGUGAAAUUACUUCCAAUUAGUGUACAUGUAUAAGGAAGCAUGAAUCACUCGUACGCGAACUUGAUAUAAUUAUAAAAACGAUGAGGAUAAAGUCAUGCCUAUACUGCAAAACGAUGGAAAACAACGAAGCACUCGUUUGUUCAUAUCCGAGAUUGAAUUAACUCAGGCUUUCAUCUUCCAGGACACGAUGAUGGAAUGUAGCGGCACGGACGGCGGAGGCCUGGAGGAUCUCGUCAACCUUGCAUCGGAUAUUGCAGACUCAGCCCCAAGUAUACGAGCCGCGGCCGAGCGUCUGCUGACCCUGCUGGGCGUUGACGAGGACGACGAAGCUUCAUCGUCGGAGGACGAGGGGGUGGAGGUCGACCUGGAGGACAGCGACGGAGAGGAUCCGCAGGACACGCGUCUGCUGCACCAGCUCGCGGCGUCGCUGGCGCAGGAGCUGAAGUACGCGAAGCAGAACAGUUCGAACAGCAAACUAGCGCUGCAGAGCCAGGGGGCUUGCAGCGAGGUCCAGGGUAAGGACGGGACGACUUCGAGCAUGGAUUUCGGGCCCGAAACCACACGGGAGUACAACUCGACUAGCUUCGAGAGGCGUGGAAGUUCGGCUCCGUUCUGCCACAGCGAGGAAUCCCGUCUUUCCCGACACCUGCAGCACCGUCUGCACGAGCAGCUGCCGCCCCCGCCGCCCUACCAAUGCACCAGGGUGAACGCGCUGCCCCAGCCUCACGAGGCGCGGGGGAAGUUCGAAUUCGUCGCGAGGGCCCAGAACCACGCGGAAAUGCCACCCGCCUACCCCCCCUUCGGCUCCUGCGCCAUGAUCGAGGACCCCGAGGGGCCCCGGCUGACGAACCCCGUUUCGUGGGGCGUCGGGUGGGAGGCUUGCGCCUCCGAGGCCCUCCGAUACCUCGUGGAGGACGAGGGGCUUCCCCCCCACCACCCCACCGUCGUCGCCAUGAAGAAUCACCUCGACCUGCAGAGAGGGCGGGUCCUUUCUCAGUUCGUUGCCCGUUGCAAAUCCGGGUCGACGACUCGGCGAUAUCGCGAUCGGGCGGGAGUUGAAAUAUAGAAAGAUCUGGAAAAAAUAGGACGGUCAUUAUGUCGAAUUCUCAACGACGAGGAAAUUUGGAUUU